AUCGACUUUGUAUGUAUUCGUGCUGCUCCUUCAUCGUGAACGCACCUUUCUGCGAGUAUAAUAUUUGAUUGGCUUUUGGUAUGAACGCACCUUAAAUUGUUUUGAUGAGCCUAUUAAUGAUGUGGAAAAUAUCAACGUUCAACCUGCCCUCAGACUGCAGCCUAUGUAGCCUACUCCUUUAUAACUAUUCUCUUCUCUUCCUCACCUUUCCCGCAGACAUGUCUACUAAGGUUGCCGUGGUAACGGGCAGUAACAAGGGGAUUGGUCUAGCCAUCGUCAAGGCGUUGUGCCAGCAGUUUGAGGGUGUGGUCUACGUCACCGCCAGAGACAUUGGACGUGGAAAGGAGACCGUGGAGACCUUGGUGUCGGAAGGACUCAAACCCAUGUUCCACCAGCUGGACAUCAAUGACCUCAGCAGCAUCAAGGCGGCAGCAGCGUACUUCAAAGACAAGUACGGAGGUGUAGAUAUUCUGGUCAACAAUGCUGGGAUAGCAUUUAAAGAAGCAGACACAACACCGUUUGCCGUGCAGGCAGAGGUGACGCUCAAGACCAACUUCUUUGCCACCAGAGACAUGCUGACCCACUUCCUACCACUUGUUAAAACUGGAGGUCGUGUGGUCAACAUCUCCAGCUUUGUCGGCUCCCGUACUUUGAAUCAAUGUAGCCCCGCCCUCCAGGAGCGUUUCCGUAGUGAGGACCUAUCAGAGGAGGAGCUAGUGGGACUGAUGCAGCGAUUCGUUGAGGAGACCAAGAAAGAUGAGCAUAAGAAGGGGGGCUGGCCCGACACUGCGUACGGAGUGUCCAAGACCGGUGUGACUGCACUCUCUUUUAUCCUGGCCCGCAGACUGUCCAGGGAGAGACAUGGAGACAAGAUUUUGCUCAAUGCCUGUUGCCCAGGCUGGGUGCGUACCGAUAUGGCCGGCACCAAAGCCCCCAAGUCACCAGAAGAGGGCGCUGAGACUCCAGUCUACCUUGCUCUGCUCCCCCCUGAUGCCAAUCAGCCCCAUGGGCAGUUUGUGUCCGACAAACAUGUGCAGCCAUGGUGAAAAGGACAAGACACCAGUGUGUUCUUAUAAAAAGUAAACAAUAUUACAUCUCCAACAAUUUGAUUUGAAUAUUAUGGCCUAAGACAAUUAUAGCAACUAAUCUGUUUCCAUAGCCAUCAUCACUUUUGUUUCAAGUAUGGUUUUGUAGAACAUACGUUUCUUUAGUAUGACCAACACUAACCUGAACAGAUUUUAAAUCAUGUUUAUGCUAUUAAUAAAAUUUGAAUUUCCUUUUCCUUUUCUAAUUAGCAUUUUAUUCUGUGCAAGAACAAAGAAAAGUACACUGCAAAUAAAAAUAUACAUUGAUCCAAAACCAAACAUGGGUCAGUAAAUCUAAAUAGCG